AUGCAAAGUUCCUCUGAGACGAUGGUUUCCUCUGCAUCCCCAUUAUCGGUUGACGAACCCGAUUUGUGGGAUGCGAGUGAAAUGCCAGUGGAGCUUUCAAGGCAGUUGGCAGUCGUAGAGGCAAUAUCCAUAAAGUAUGCCAACACGCAGUACGAGGGCUUUGGCUCCUUUCAUUCAGAAAAUGUAGAGGAUGUUAUAGGCAUGGAUGACAAAGAAUAUCGUCCUCCCUCACUUCCGUCCUUUGCUCGCAGGAUCCUUUCCUCCACUGAGCUUCAGGAGAUUCGGACUAUGGGCGAUAACGAGGCCAGAGAGGAAGAAAUAAUGCAGCGCCCAGUUGCGAGAUGUGACUUCGGGCGUGUGUUCCGCCGAGAGCAUUUUGUGGUAACGCCUAAAUUCGUGUUCCUCAACCACGGCGCCUUUGGUGGAGCGCUGCGCGGUGCAUUAGAAGUUAAACACAGAUUUGAGAUGAUGAUGGAACAUCAAGUAGUACAAUACAUGGACCGAAUUCUGCUUCCACUUGCGUUGUACAGUGUCCGGAGGCUUGCAGAGUUUGUUAAUGCGGACCCCAAACAAAUAGUCAUUGCGACAAACGCAACAUUUAUGUUGAAUUCCGCCAUGGAGUUAAUUGAGAAGGAUGACGUUGUUGCAUACUUUGACACAGAGUAUCUUUCCGUGUACAAGAUGAUGUACUUCCGAUGCAAGAAAGUCGGUGCUUCUCUCCAUGAGGUUCCCUUACUGAAGUAUUGGAAUAACCCGGAUAUUAUGGGUGAUGACGAAGCUCUGACUCGUGAAAUGUGCUCUAACCUGCCAGGAGGUUGUACAACGGUUGUGGUUGAUCACAUCACGUCAACUACGGCCCUCCUCUUUCCGGUGUUCACGCACCUCAUUCCGUCUCUGAAGCGCUGUGGCGUGAGGAAGGUUAUUGUUGACGGGGCUCAUGCUCCACUCCAGGUGGACUUGGAUUUUAAAGCACUUCCAGAGGAGUGUCAACCGAGCGUUUUCGUUGGUAAUCUGCACAAAUGGUGUUCUCUCCCUAAAUCUGCUGGUUUCAUGUGGGUGCACAGCACGCUAGUUGAUUCCGUCCAUCCUGUUGUGCUGUCACACGGGUCUGGUGACGGGCUCUUGUCGGAAUUCAUAUGGGACGGCACCCGUGACCAUAGUAGUUAUCUUUGCAUACCAGCUGUUAUCGACUUUUGGUAUGCUCAGGGACACAAGCGCGUGAGGGAGUAUUGCAUAGACUUGCUUCAGCAGGCAGCAGUGAUGCUCUCGGAAAGUUUUGACACGAAACUUGUUAGCCGUCAUUCACCAUUUAUGAGCCUGGUUGAACUACCGAAAGUGUUGCAAACUCCCAAUGUAACACCAAGAUACCUCCAGGACGUUCUACACGAUGUGUACCGAGUGGAAGUGCCCGUGAAGAAGGUGGAGGGACGGCUGUAUGUUCGAAUCAGUGCUUUUGUUUAUAAUGAGCGUAGCGACUAUGUGUAUCUGCGUGAAGCCGUGUUGAGCAUGAGCAGGAAGUUGGGUAGUAUACUGAUGCGAAAGGGAGUUUCGGGGAAAACGGAGGAGACUCCACCAGAUAAUCAAAAGGUUCUUAGUGACAAACAUGUACGGGAAAAAACCGGCUGCGGGUUGUGCGGACUUAACUCCGUUUCAAAGAGGCGCAGGGGUUCACGGUUUUGA